CAUAGGUGCGGCCAAAUUUUUCCCCCCCAGAUAACGGAAACUGAGUUCAUUCCGUUGUGUUUGUUGUUGUUGUUUGCCGCGAUGUCUGGAGCAUCUAACAUUAACGCGAUGAAGAAAGUCGUGCAGCAGCUACGGUUCGAGGCGAACAUCGACAGGGUGAAGGUGUCUCAGGCGGCGGCGGAGCUCCAGCAGUUCUGCAUGCAGAACGCUCUGCAGGAUCCGCUGCUCACCGGCGUGUCGUCCAGCACCAACCCCUUCAGGACACAGAAGCUCUGCUCUUUCGUCUGAUGCUUACUGCCAAAUAAUCUCGUUUCCUGUUCCUGUGGCAUUUCUAAUUUAAACGACGAAACCUCUACCAUAACCUUCAAAAGCAGUGGACUACAACGUUACCUAUUGUCUCACCAAACCUGGAUCUCUUUAGUUGGCACUCUAGCCAAAUCUCUUUGUGCUGAGUUUUCACCUCGUUUCAGGAGCAUACGCUCUGAAAUCGGCAUUAACUGUUGAAGUGUGAUACAAAUGACCGUUUUAUUGUUGUUUUUAUUUCUUUUCCUCAUAAGGUGUCAUAAAGGACUGUAUGUGGUUGAGAACUGAAAUCUCUCUUGCCUUAACAAGUCAAAGACUUUUUUUUUUUUUUUUU